CAGUCACCAGUAUAGUUGUAUUUGUUUAAAAUGGCUUUUUAUUAUAAAUAAUCUGCAAUUGCAAACUGAGUGAUGAGACUCGAGAAUAUUUGACAGUACUGUAAAAAGCUCGAGACUUCUUAGGUCACAUGAGUGGAAACAGAGGCUAGGCCGCCGACGCAGCCAUCAGUGUUGAUCGAGUGAGAGCCAGCUAGUUAGCUAACUGCCAUCGAAGCCAAACAAUAGACAACUAGAAAAAAGCUAUCAACCAUCACAGUCCUCGGAUGUGUUCUUCAAAACUUGCCAACCGUAAGCUGGUUUAAUGUUGACUACUCUUCACAUUAUAAUGACCGACACGUGACUAAGGACCCGGCCACUGUCUGUAACACUUGAUCCGGGCCAGCAGAGACCGUAGGAGGCUUCACUAACUCACGGGUUUCAGAAUAUCUACACUGAGCAGUAAAGUUCCUAUUCUCCAGAGGAAGAGUCCACUGUCAUUUAAGAGCCAUGACCGCUAAGUCAUCCCUGCUGAAAGUCAUCCUGCUGGGAGAUGGAGGAGUGGGGAAGAGCUCCCUCAUGAACCGCUACGUCACCAACAAGUUUGAUACGCACCUCUUCCACACCAUCGGCGUGGAGUUCCUCAACAAGGACCUGGAGGUAGACAGCCGUCUGGUCACCAUGCAGAUCUGGGACACGGCUGGACAGGAGCGUUUCCGCAGCCUCAGGACUCCCUUCUACCGCGGCUCCGACUGCUGCCUGCUCACCUUCAGCGUGGACGACAACCAGAGCUUCCACAACCUGGCCAACUGGAAGAAGGAGUUCAUCUACUACGCCGACGUCAAGGAGCCCGAGAAGUUCCCCUUCGUGGUGCUGGGGAACAAGGUGGAUGUGACGGAGAGGCAGGUGUCUACUGAGGAUGCUCAACAGUGGUGUCGGGAUAACGGCAAUCACCCUUACUAUGAGACCAGUGCCAAGGAUUCCACCAACGUAGCUAUAGCCUUUGAGGAGGCGGUGCGGAAUGUGCUAGCCAUGGAGGAAAGGGCAGACCACCUCAUCCCCACAGACACAGUUAACCUCCACAGAAAGCCCCGCUCCAGUGCUUCCUGCUGUUGAUAUAAUGUAGGGCCUACAACCUAUAAAGAACUGGAGCUAGGAAGACACACACAGGCUUAUCAACACUCAUGCUCUCUCAAAUACUGUAUGCAAGUACUGGCUAGUGUCAGUGGAUGAUAAUCAACUGGGUAUGUUGGUCUCUGGACUCAUUGAUGUAAAGAGGGUACUGAAGAAGGGUAUUAUUAUAAUUUCAAUCUGUGCCAUCUUUGAUUGAUAUAUAUCUUAAAACAUUACAUUAUAUUAUUACAACAUAUAUAUUUACAAAGUUUCAUUUCCAAUUCAUGUUACACACUCAAAGUACCCUUUUUUUGUAGAAAGUGUUUCUUACACUGUGACUGAAACCAAGGUUGAGAUGAGCUGCCUUAACAGUGAAAAUAUAUUUGAUUCCAUUCAAAAUGUAUUGAGGACCUUAUCCAGAGAUAUGACCCCAAAUGUGAUACUUUAAAAGCAAGUCACUUUAAUCAACUGACCUGAAUGGGAUUAGGAAUAUACAUAAUAUAUUCAUAUUUAUAACAUCAAUGUUGAUACAAAGCAGAGUAAUUUAUGAAGUAUUUUUAUUUGAUGAAGUUCAAGGUCUACUGUCACUACUUUAUUGUACAGAGGGAGAAAUAUAAGCAGAAAUUAAGGCAUUUGUGAUUUCUUACUGUUUAUUAGAGGUGCUGGUAGCUGAGAAUUCUAUAUAACUUGCUGGCCUUGCAAUAUUUGUUCUGAACAUACCGUAAUUAAUAAGUUAUCAUUAUGUAAUGGACUCCAUGUUUUAACACCUGCACAGCACGACAAGAGAUAAGGAAUGUUCAAUAAAUAGUUGAGUUGG